AUGAACCAGGAAUGUACAGGAUGUUCUCAUAGCUCUAAUGACCACUCGACGUACCAAUUAGCAGAUGUCAUGGGAGAAUGUUCAAGCGCAAUAAACUGGGGUGCUCUCCGGUGUUCGUCCGACCCGGAUCAGUCACUGCCGGAAGGCCAGGUGGCGGACAGCCGGUUCCCCUGGCUGGGCGUUGUACAGCACAGUUUUGUUCUUGCCGGAGCAACGCGGUUCGCCAUAACUGGCGCAGUGCUCAUCCAUCCGGGAUACGCCAUCGCAGCAGCUGACGACAUCGCCAGGAUACACCCGGAGAUCAUGGAGAACAACACCAAGCUGAUCCUAUGGAAGGGCGACAAGCGGUACGCGCUGGACGUCCACUCGUACUCCCUCCACCCAGAGUACGGGGAGGGGGGAGCCGGAGGGACGGGGGGGACGGUGGCGACCCUGGCACUGCUGGAGUUGGUCAACACACGAGGCAUCUCCGGCGCGGGAGUUGACAGUCCGGUGCUACCCGUCUGUCUGCCUGUGCGAGGAGCCGGUUCAUUCUCCGAGUUGUACGCUGUUAAAACUACUGAUGAUGACGGAGAACUACAUAAAGAAUUGUUGAAAAUGAACCUAGUUGAGGAGCAAGAUUGCGAAGAGUUUUAUUAUAAAGCGAAGCUGGACCACAAAUCCAUGUCGCCAGUAUCACCAAUCUGCGCGCGCGCAACUGCGCCAGACGCUUGCGUGUGGGAAGCCGGGGUGGCCCUGGUUGCGAAGCAGAACUGGGGACAGUGGACGCUGCUAGGGUUCAGCAUGCGCGGCCCUGGCUGCGGCGCGCCCGCCCGCUUCCUGCCGCUACACCGCUACAUGCCCUGGAUAGACGAGGUGGUGACGCGUCGCCACACCGACUACGAAGACAACGACCGUCUGCUACUGUUCCGUAGAGUGUCUCCGAUCAAGCUCGAGAUGUUUGACGUGACAAAGACAAGAGUGCCGUCCAGCCAGGGGCAGUGCGAGCGCCGGAACCGCGGCAACGUCCUGUACAAGGACAACAGCGAGGUGCUCGCCAACAAGAACUUCGUGCAGGGGUUCUUCUUUGUAUCAGUGAUGCAGAUAAUGAGCAUCCGCUGCGCAGUAGUAAACCUGGAGGUGAACGCGCGCUCCAACGCGGCGGUGUGGGUGGAGCAUCACUGCGUGAGAGACUACACCGGCGACCGCGAGGGAUUCUCUUUCAAGGACGCCCGAUCGCGCAACUGUUUCGUUUACUUCAAGAGCGUCGCGAUGAUCGAGUUCCGUUUCCAGUUCUCGUUCCGUGCGAUCAUCGAGAUGACGCUGUACGGGGUUGAGGAGACUCAGCGGCUGAUCCCCAACCCCUGGCUCAAGAGCGACAGCACGUACGCCUGGCAGCCGACCUGGGACAAGCUGACGAAGAACAGCUUCCGACCGGAAGCGUUCUGGACGUGGCAUAUGUAGUAGAUCUGUAGAAUAGUGAGGGUGCAAAGCAUCUUUAAGCAUGUGGGUGGAAUAUUGAGGGUGCAAGGAAUCCUUAAGCCAUCCAUAGUUCUGCUUCUUUAUGUAUUUAUUAGAAACGCGAAAACCAUUUCGAGGAAAUUUCGAAAUUAUGGCCGGUCGCCGGGAAUAUGCCAGUUCACGCAAUUCGUUACGGAUUAUCCUAGACGGGGCAGAAUGUGUUAUGGAUUAUGCCAAAUUGCUCAAAAUACAUUACGAACAAUUAUAAUUAUGCCACUCUGCGCAAAAUAUGUAGCAAAACUUUGGCAUAGAGUAAAAAUCUUUUAAAUAAAGUAACAGUAUGUUGUGCAUGUCUAUAAGUGAUGUAAACACUAGCUCUUAUUUAUUUAA